UGUGUACAUCUGAAAACCACCAACAAAAAGUUUGCGUUCAGUUUUUGUCGUAGAAAGAGUUCGAAUUUCCGCGAUUUUCUUCGUCAAAAAGUACAAAAAUGACUUCGUCAAACUUCCUAACGCUUUUGAAAACAUUCACGGAAACCGUAAACAAAUCCUUCAAAACCGGCAACAUCGAACAGCUGAAAAGCGAAUACGAAGCGCAAGCCGGUUCCAGCGAUAACGACCGGAAGGCAGCUCUGCACCAAGCCUUCCGGGAUCUGCUGUUGACGAAAACGGGUGACAUCCCAGCGAUCGAAGAUUUCAUCAAUUUUGCCGUAGCUGCCUGCCGGCAGGAGAUGACUUCCCCGACCAUCCCGGUGGUUCUGCUGGGCGAUAUCUUCGAUGCGGUCACGCUGGACAAGUGCGAGCAAAUUUUCAUUUACGUCGAGAAUAAUGUGGCAAUCUGGAAGGAGGAAUUCUUUUUUGCCGCCUGCAAGCACAAUCUGCUGCGGAUGUGUAACGAUUUGUUGCGGCGCCUUUCACGCUCACAGAAUACGGUUUUUUGCGGGAGGAUUUUGCUAUUUCUGGCGAAGUUUUUCCCGUUCAGCGAGCGAUCCGGGUUGAAUAUUAUUUCCGAGUUUAAUUUGGAGAACAUUACCGAGUAUGGGGUGGAGGGCAGCGAAAUGGGUGAUCAACUGGGUAGCUCGGAGGAAAAUGGUGCUGGAAGUCAGCUGAAGAUCGACUAUAAUUUGUACUGUAAGUUUUGGGCGCUGCAGGAUUUCUUUCGGAACCCGAACCAAUGCUAUAAUAAGGUGCAGUGGAAGAUGUUUGCUGCGCACGCCGGAAGUGUGAUGUCGGCGUUCAGUAGUUUUAAGCUUGAGGAACCACGAUCACAAUCCAAUAGCGGAAGUAGCGCUAGUAAAUCCGUCCCAACUCCGAUGGAAAUUCCAUUAGAAGAGCAAAUACGAGAAACCGGUCACUUCUUCGCAAAGUUUCUCACGAAUCCAAAAUUACUUUCGCUGCAAUUAUCGGAUUCGAAUUUUCGACGAUCGGUACUGGUGCAGUUGCUGAUUCUGUUUCAGUAUCUUAACUCGACGGUUAAAUUUAAAGCGGAUAAUCAUUGUCUGACUCCUGCUCAGGUGGAUUGGUUGAAGGAAACGGAGAUAAAAGUUUAUAAAUUGAUUGAAGAGUCGCCUCCGAACGGACGAAAAUUUGCUGAUUCCGUACGGCACAUGCUUAGUCGGGAGGAAUUAUGGAACAGCUGGAAGAAUGAGGGCUGCAAGGAGUUUAAACGACCGGAUGCAGGGAAUCUGAAUAGUUCGACAGUAGCUGUUCCGGCAUCGAGUAGCUCAAGUGGGGAAGAACCUCCGGUUCCGGUACGCGUAGCGAUGAAACGUCCCCGACGAGCACUGGGAGAUUUGAUUCAAGAUUCUACUAGGCAGGGAAAAUUUUUCAUGGGUAACCCGGAGCUGACGCGACUGUGGAACACCUGUCCGGACAAUUUGCAGGCCUGUAAGGGAGAGGAUCGUAACUUUUUGCCCUCACUGGAAGCCUAUUUGGAUGGAUCGAAGGAAAAGCACGAUCCAUCGGUUGAGUGGCGGGCAUUGAGACUGUUGGCUCGACAGUCACCGCAUUUCUUUACACUAUUUAACAGCCCCUCGUAUAAGGUGGCCGACUAUCUGGAGAGUGUGCGAAAGAAGAUCCAGAAGGACAAGAUCGAUGUCAAGCAGGAAGUGGUGCAGGAGGAUGCACCGAUGCAGAGCGAACAGGUUGAAACGGAAGGGGAAGGUUUCGGAGCGGAGGAGGAAACGGAUCAGAUGGAUUCGGAGUUGCUAAAAACGGAACAGCUUACACCGGAGGACAAAAACACCCAUAAAACAAUAACGGUAACCCUGGAUCAGAUGGCUGAGCUGGCGCCCAGUAUCGGUAAGGAUUGGAAAAAGCUUGCCACCAAACUGGGUUACGGCACGGACGAGAUACAGUACUGUGAGUCGGAGAACGCCACCGUUGCGGACCAGUGCCGCCAUCUGUUGCAGGUUUGGUUCGAGGACGACAUGGAUGCCAGCCUGGAUCAGCUUGCGUACAUUCUGGAGGGUCUGGAAAUGCUGUCGGCGGCCGAUGCCGUCAAGCAGAUGAUUGCCACACUGACCGGGGACGAUAAGGUGGAAGAGAUUUCCGAUUAGUAUUGUUUCUUUGUAAUAAAUCAUCCAUAAAAGAUAA